AUGAAUCCUGAUGAUGGUAAAACCAAAUUUUUAAAGUCUCUGGAUGCCUACUUGAUGGCAACAGAAAAUAAAGAACCUCCACUAAUUCCACCAGAAAUCCCUUAUACAUACCAACUUCUGGCUCGUGUAGGUCUUCUAAAUCAAGAGGACCAGCCUGGUGCUGCAAACAUUGAACAAGAAAAAAAACACAAAGCCUCUGAGUCUAUCACUGUGGCUCCAGAGACCAAGAUCCAGGUACAGAUCCCAGAGGGAAAAGUGCCUGUUUGCAAUACAGAGACCAGUGACAGAGCUCCUGUCAAAAGAGCCAAGCAUCCUACCAGCAAACCUCAGAAACCUGCAUCAGGCGGGGUCAACAAAACUAAGAGUCACUCAGAGAAGGCCAAAAGGAGCCACGAAAACAAUCCCAAGAAAGCUGCAGGCAGUAAGCAACCAGGGAACCAAGUUCUAGGACUGAAGCCUGGAUUCCCCAGGAGCAAGAGGAAGAAAAAUCAGCCUGAGCUUGGCCAGGAGACCUUUAAGAAGCCUCGCAGCAGCCUGGGCGCGCACAUGCUGGAGGCUGUGCAGGUCUUCCACGCUCUGGGGAAGAGGAGGGAUAACAAAGCUGGGCUCCUUUCUUCCCAGGCUUUGGGGAACUCCAGCAACACCAAACACCCCCAGCCAGGCCCAGCAAUCAAACCAUGGCUGCACAUCCCCCCUGAGGGGACAGGGCCUGAGAAAACCCAGGUCAGAGCCCAGAAACCCGAGGGCCAGGCAGAGAAUCAUCCACCUCCAUCCCAGGAUGAGCUGCCACCCCCUGGGAAGGUCAAGUUGGUACCUUUGUCUUUUCUCACCUUGGACAAGCCUCAGGUGAGACCUGUUCCUCGCAGGCCACCAUCUCUGGCUGCACGUCGCCCUUCUAGGCCUGGUUCCAACUCAGCUCAACCAAUUACUGACAAUGGAUCCCAGACAGCUACUGUCAAUGGGUCUGGCGUGCGUCCUGCUGGAGCAACUCGGCCAAUUUUCCCUAACUCGGUCCAACCAGCUCUGACCAACCCAGCUCGGCCCCGUGUCCUCCACUCUGCUCCUCUGAGGCCUGCGGUCCACACAGCAGCAUCUGGCGCUGCUUUCCAGCGAGAGCCCGCGGUCACCGGUGGGAACAAGCUGCAGCCCCCAGCUAAGCCUCCAGCACAGUUUCUCCUUCGAGACUUCAGCUUACAGCCUAUCCCAUGGAGGAAGCCCAACGUCCCAGAGCCCGUGAUGUCCACGCCCAUUACCUAG